CGCCGCGCUCUGCUGCAAGCUCCCUUAGGCGUCUCGGAUCCGUUUCCAUCGGAUUCUGCAGAAACUCGUGUGGUCCCUUCCUCCGACAGCCAAGAUGGUGAAGCUGAUCGAGAGCAAGGAAGCUUUCCAGGAAGCCCUGGCCACUGCCGGAGACAAGCUUAUAGUUGUGGACUUUUCUGCCACGUGGUGUGGACCUUGCAAAAUGAUCAAGCCCUUCUUUCAUUCCCUCUGUGAAAAGUAUUCCAAUGUGGUGUUUCUUGAAGUAGAUGUGGAUGACUGCCAGGAUGUUGCUGCAGACUGUGAAGUCAAAUGCAUGCCAACCUUCCAGUUUUAUAAAAAGGGUCAAAAGGUGGGUGAAUUCUCUGGCGCUAACAAGGAAAAGCUUGAGGCCACUAUUCUUGAGUUUGCCUAAUCAGGCCCUGGAAAGCCUAACCAGCCAGCAGCUGUUUAAAUCCUGUAACUUUUUUAAUUUGCAAAAAAACUAUGAAGUGUGGAGAGUCUAUACCCAACUGCCAUCUGAUUAUAAAUGACAAUAAAAUAUUAAUUCUACCCUUUUUAAAA